AUGUCCAAGAGCAUGGUACAAGUUACUAUACAUUCGCGAUAUAAUGAUUUUUCUAAAACAUUAACAUGUUUAAUAAUUCCAAGCAUCACGGAUCGAAUUCCGGCAGACGUCUUUCCGCGAGAACGAGUUAGAAUACCUCCAAACAUUAAGCUAGCUAAUCCGUAUUUCCAUGUACCAAACUCAAUCAAUCUUAUAAUAGGAUCAGGCGCAACGUUGUCAUUGUUUUCAAUUAGACAAAUUAAUCUGUCUCGAGAUGGAUAUGAUUUGUUCUUACAAAAAACGCGGCUUGGAUGGGUGAUUGUGGGAAGCGCAUCGGCGCAAACUCAGUGUAAUACCGCGACGUGUCAAUUGACGAGUUUAGAAAAACAAUUAAUAAAAUUUUGGGAAAUCGAAGAGGUUGCCACCGAUAAGUCAAGGUCAGAGGAAAAAAUAGAGCGUGAAAGGCAUUUCGUGAACAAUGUGUUUCGCAACAAGAAGGGACGUUAUAAGGUCCGCUUACCGUUUCGCAAGAUCGCCGGGACUUUGGGGGAAUCUAGAGCAAUGGCACUUAGACGCCUAUCAUCAUUAGAACGCAAAUUUGACGCCGAUAAAACAUUGAAAAACGAAUACACACGGGUGAUAGAAGAACAUUUAAGAUUAGGGCACAUGACAGUAGUAAGGGAUUGUGAAAAUAACGGAUAUUACAUGCCGCAUCACGCGGUCAUUAAAGAGACAAGCAAUACUACUAAGGUGCGCGUGGUAUUCGACGCCUCCGCGAAGACGAGCAACGGCAUAUCGUUGAACGAAGCGUUAAUGGUAGGGCCUACAAUUCAAAACAAACUGUUCACUCAUCUAAUGCGGUUUCGAACAUACAAUUACGUUAUAACAGCAGACGUUGAAAAAAUGUACUGUCAGGUGUUGCUUCACGAAGAUGAUCGUCGGUUUCAACGAAUACUUUGGCGAGUCGGCGAAAGAGUCGAAACACUUCAGUUCAAUACGCUUACUUUCAGCGUGGCGUCAUCGCCGUUUCUAGCAAUUCGCGUGAUUCAAAAACUUGCGGACGACGAAAAUCACAUGUAUCCCCGGGCGGAAAAAAUCAUCAAGGCACAUUUGUAUGUGGAUGAUUUAUUAACCGGAGCCGAAAUCGUCGAGGAAACUUGA